AUCGUUCACUCACCCUCCAGAUCUUCCUCGCCCGCCAUCUACAAUGAUGCAAUCCAGACUCUUGACAGGGCUCUUAGUCGCCUCUCUCCUAUCUAUUCCUUGGCGGGUCUCGAACACUCGCACUGUCACCACCGAGAUCCCCGCGUCAGCCAACCCGGAUACCAUCCGCCAGCUGCUCCAAAAUCAGCCACUCUUCAUCAAGUUGAAUCCGGUGGUCACUGGCAUGAGCCUCGCGCCCACCGCACCCACGCGGUACAAGGACGAGUGGCUCCAGACCGCGGAGGCGGGACCCCCGAUCCAAACAUACAUCCUUAGCCAAGUGAUCACGAUGGUGCCAGGCACGAGCGGAUGGGGACAAAAGCAUAUCCAGUUCGAAACCUGGCUACGAGACACCCCGACCGGAGUCAAGACCCGAGCGGACGCUCCUUUUGGUGUGUCGGUGGCAAGCCACUGGGCAGUCGAGCCGACCGCGUUGUUGCCCGACCCCAAAGAUCCACAAGAUUGGCGGAUCACGGUGCAGAGAAGAAUCUCAUGUGUAUGGUGGAUGAUGCCUUUUGUGGCCUACACCUACGACGAGGUCCAUGCCAGCGUCAUCCGUGAUUUCAUUGAGCUUGCCAGCUGAUCAGCCGGCCACCACGUUGUGCCUGUGGCUGGAGCUCCUGUAGAAUGGUACAGUAUCUUCCUCACGACCGUCAACUUGGAUGUUGCGUUGGAGACAAUACAGGCGGUAUACGCGGGUGGGUAGAGAGGGCGCACAUGGACGGCUGUAUAUGCUCAACAUGAACCUUAGAUUUGUGUGCAGAACUCGAUUGGGA